GCGAACUCCAUCAGUCUCUGCCAGGCGUUUGUGAGAGGAGUGCGUGUCGGGCCAGAGUCGUAUCGGCGCGAAAAGCAACGCGAGUGAAAAGUGCCGUGUUUUGUGAACCUGUGUGUUGGAAUACCUUUCAAAUCUGGAGCCUUACGUUUUUGUAUUGAGGGGUCGCCUGUGUAAUGCAACGAUGGCGACGCGAGCGGUGAGGGCGGUGCUGCUCUGCGCAUGCCUGUUAUUAAUACAACAAGCAAGCGCCGAGCUGAGAGGUCGAUGCCCGGCUGAAGAUGCAGCCUGUCCAUCACGUUCAAAACCCUGUAAUGAGGAUGAUGACUGCGGGGAACAAAUCUGCUGCAUUACUUCUUGUGGACGGUCAUGUGUAGAGCCAUUGUAUACAGGUUGUGAAAAUAUAAAACUAUCAUCGGAGAGGAUAUCACGAGCUCUCGCUGCUGAGAACAGUCGAAGUGGACGAGGCGUUGUCCGCUCGCUGCGGUCACCGCGGUGUAGAAUUUCUGACGGAGAGUUCGAGGAGAUCCAGUGCGAUAAUGAAAUCGUCAGCACGUGUUGGUGUGUAGAUUCUGCUGGAUUUGAGGUACCAGGUACUCGCGCACCUGCAGCUGGCUUAGUCAACUGUACACGAUCAGCCCCUUGCGCCGCCCAUACAUGCCGUAUGCUUUGUCCGCUGGGUUUUGACUUAGACAACCGUGGCUGUCCUCUUUGCAAGUGUAGAGAUCCAUGUUCGGCAGUCACUUGUCCUGGUCAGUUAUCUUGCCAGUUGGAGGAAGCUCCCUGCUUGAGACCACCGUGUCCUCCUGUGCCUACAUGUAAAAGAGGACGUAGUCUCCAAAACAUUUGUCCUGUUGGCGAACCUCUCCUGAUAUCAGAGACAAGCCGGCCGUUUUUAUGCGGUACAGAUCCUGGAAAACCGAACUGCCCCCCACUUUACAGAUGUCUAGUCGAGUCAGGAAACGACUAUGGCGUCUGCUGCCCCGCUUCUUUAGAACUGCAGAAAGCUGGUACCUGCCCUGAACCAUCUACUGCUUCUGAAUUGGACUGUGGAACACCCUGUGCCCAUGACUUGGAAUGUCCAUCAAUGCAGAAAUGUUGCGACGGCGGUGAAUGUGGCCGGCAUUGCACGUUACCACAUAAUGUAACAAUGUGCACACAGCAAAAGAUGUUGGCGGAACUGCUUGUUGUGAGUGAAAAGGAAGGUAGAGGUUAUGUGCCGCAAUGUACUCCCGAAGGGUCAUUCCUCUCGAAACAGUGUUCAAGAAACGGGCUGGUUUGUUGGUGUGUUGACACUGAUGGAAAUAAACUCCGCGGUUCAAUGGGUCCCUCAGCCUCAGUCCAAUGCUCUAUAACACCUCGUCCUGCUAGAUCUGGUGCUAGAAGUUUAAGUUCCUGUGCUAGAGCCCUCUGUGCUGGUGUUUGCGAGUAUGGGUACAAGACUGGUAGUGAUGGGUGCCCUACAUGUGAAUGUGACGAUCCCUGUGCUGGAUAUCCUUGCGCUGACGGGGAAGAGUGUGUAAGAGUACGAGAUUCGGAUUGUUCAGGAGAACUAUGUACUGGAUAUCCCGUAUGUCGACCGAAAAUCUCAUACGACAACCCAUGUGAAGUAGGCGUGCCGGCCAGCGACGAGCACGGGUCCGUGGUGUCGUGCGGCGACGCGCGCGACUGCCCGGCGGCGCACGUGUGUGCGCGCGCGCGCCGCUCCGGCGCCGCCGUGUGCUGCCCCGACCCCGGCGCCGACGACAGCAGCGACGCCGAGCUCUUGGAGAUCAAUUUCGACUCGUGCGGUCCUGAAGCAGAAGCGAUAUGUACCAUGAACAAUACGACCAGUUGUACUGACGGUGUGUGUGAAGAGGGUCUUGUCUGCUGUUCUACUGCGAGUUGCGGACCCGUGUGUGCGGAUGCUGCAAAGAUGCGUCUACAGACGGAUAGAGUCGAUGAUACCCCCACAAUGUGUGAAUACCUUCGUGAUUUCGAUGAAAAAAUGGAAGGCACUGUGGAUGGUAUGAAGUUAGCUCUUCCAGCGCCAACCUGCCAACCCGACGGUUCUUUCACGACCCAGCAAUGUGCUAACGGACGAUGUUGGUGUGUCGAUUCCUUCGGUACGGAGAUACCUGAUACCAGUACGAGAAACGCAUCAUCCGUGGACUGUGACAAACUCCGUACAGAACUGACGUGCCUGGAGUUGACGUGUCGCAUGGGCUGCGACUACGGCUUCGAGUUGGGAGCGGGGCGUUGUCCGACGUGCAAGUGUCGCGACCCGUGCGCCGGCGUGUCGUGUGCGACGGGACGCGCGUGCGCGCUCGUGGACGUCGCUUGUGAUGCCGACUACUGCCCGCCCGUACCUGCCUGCCUCCCACGCAAGAGCGGGCAGUGCCCGUACCUCGUGCCGUGGACGGGCGCGUGCGAGUGGGCGUGUCGCGGGGACGCGGAGUGCGGCGCGGGGCAGCGCUGCUGCGCCACCGGCUGCGGCACCGCCUGCACUGCCGCCGUGCACCAGACCGCCUGCCAGCAGCGCAGAGCCCUUGCUUUACAUACUGCAGCGGAGAAUGGCAACCCUCCAUCGUGGACUUGGGUACCGGAGUGUAAAGAAGAUGGGACUUACGAAAGUAUUCAAUGUCGUGGUUCGAAUAACAUGUGCUGGUGUGUGGAUGCAGCUGGUAAUGAGAUUCCAGGAACGCGAUCAACAAACUCCACACCAUCUUGCAACAGACCCAACCAAUGUCCAGAUCCGGGUUGUGAUGAGGAAGAAAUCUGUACUCAUGGACCGGAACUGGAUCAUAGCGGCUGCCCCACUUGUGCCUGCAGAGACCCAUGUGCUGAAGCAAAAUGUAGGGACGAUGAGACUUGUGAACUUGUUCCAUUGGAUUGCGAGGGUGAAUCCUGUCCUCCUCUAGCUCGUUGUUCGCCAUCUCCUCAAUGCCCUGAAGGAGAACCUCUCCAAGCACCAGAUGGCUCUGGAGCCCUCCUCUGUGGUCCAAACGCUGCUGCCUGUCCCUCCACACACGCGUGUCGCUUCGCACCACACGACUCUAGACCGUCACUGUGCUGUCCCAAGCCACGAACAGUCUGCUCCGAAAGCAAAGACGAAGGCGAGUGUGCGAACAGCGAAGGCCUCAACACGACGCGCUGGCACUUCAACAACGAACGUAACCGUUGCGAACGGUUCCGCUACUACGGCUGCUCCGGAAACCAUAACAACUUCCGCACCAAAGACGAAUGUAACUCCGUAUGUCCCGUAAACAAAACAGCGAUAUUGAAGAAGCCAGAACAAAAAGUGAAAAUUUCUGAAGUUUUGAGUCCAUGUGAGCGAUUGCGGGAGAAGAACGAGGCGGCGGUGCAGAAGUACGGUAAAGGGACUUUCGUGCCCAAGUGCGACGCAAGCGGCGCUUGGGAGUCCGUGCAGUGCAUGGCACAUAUCGAUGUGUGUUGGUGUGUGAGUGCCCGAGGAGAACCACAAAAGGGCUCACUGGUACGUGGAGCAAAACCAACCUGCAACUUCAGACAAGCCCGUAAGUGGGUACGACGAGACCCGCUUGAUGAAAAAGCGAGAGCUGAUGAAGUGCUAGAAGAGUUAAUUCGGCAGAUGACAGCAUAUAGAGUAGACGAUUUCGAAGAAGAGGAAGAUUUCGACAGUAUCGAACUUGAACGAGAGCACCGUGCAGAAAGUGGGCCUUUAUCCGCUGAAGUAUCAUCCAAUGAAGAUAGUUCCUUGCUAUCAGAAGUUAUCGAGCCGAAGCCAGCGGAGACCACGAGGAGGAAGUUGAUCCCUGUCGAAGUAGUGACGGAAAGAGUUAACUUCAAAACUAAAUGCCAAUUGAUGCAAGAAGAAAUUGACAAUGGUGCUGAAGGCUGGCGACCCAGAUGUCUCCCAGAUGGUUCCUUCUCACCACGUCAGUGCGGACGAGCUCGCUGUUGGUGCGUAGACGCUGCGGGUCAGGCGAGACCUGGUGCAGCUGCUCUACAGAAUGAUCGCUGUGAGCUCAUUCAAAUCGAGUCUGCACUUUUGGAGUUGGAAAUAAUAGGCGCUGAAGAAGAAAUAGCAAACAAGGCACAAGCUCUACUCAUGUCUAGACUAUCGGCUCUGGGAGCCCAAGUGCCGGUAUCUGUCACCAAGGAAAGAGGGGUUGUGAAAUUACGCGCUUUGCUCUCAGGACCUAGAGCUGCCGACUUGGUGUACCAUCUUGAGUUACAGGUUAAAAAGGAGAAGAUGUCCGGAGCCGACAAGACAUCAGAAGGUGUUUUGGGCGCUGACGUCAUCCGUAGCGAGUACAGACUAGUGACACCAUCACCGGCCAUGCAAAGAGAGAUAUUAAGCGAGUCCACGGUUUCCGCCGCAACAUCAUAUCACACAGCUGUAAUUGUCCUGGCAGCGACAUCAGCCUUCAUCAUCAGCGUACUCUGCGUUCUUGUCAUGCUGUACAGGGCUAGAUUACAGAGAGAACCUCACAAAGCCGAAAGGUUUCUACCCGCUGCACCCCCUGUAUACGUCCUCUCUGCUGAUGAGAAGGCGGAACUUGCAAGGGUGCUUCACGCUCCCCCCGCUCCAGUCCCACCCUCUAACGAAGAUCACUCGAGAGUGUAGGGUAGACUUUUAAAUUUCGAAUAACGUUCAUUCGGUAUUACAAUCAUAAUGAAAUAAAUUGUAUUAAUAAGUCGGUGAAAUUUUAAAAUAAAAGAUACAAUGCGUGUCUCAUUAUGAAUUUAAUAUUCAGUGAUAAUAUUUCUGUAAAUUAGUUUGUUGAUGUAUUUAAUGUUCAUGGAUUUUUAGUUCUCGAUUAAACGCAACUGAAAAGACUUACGAAUGUGAUGUCAACAAUGUUAAUCGAGAAUGUCCAAAGACGAAAAAAACAUUCUAUACAGAUUAUAAUUAUAAUAUAAUGCCUUAAAUUUAAUUGAUAAAAUAUUGUUCUGGAACUUUGUACUUGUAGAUAUAUAAUUAAAUUUACAACACAAAAAUCGGACGUGUAAAAUACAUUUUAUUUAAUACCACGCAUAAUGUGUAUAAACUUCUUGCACGGCACUUUAAAAUACAUUUUCAACUUAAAAAACUCUUAAUAAAAUUAAAGCAGAAUGCUGUUUUUACUAUCACAAAAAAAAAAUGUAUAAUGUUUCUCAAAAAUAUAAAAUUUGUAUGUGUAUAAAAAAUCAUAUCUAUAAAAAAAAAGUCAAACACAAGUGACCAAUUUCAUGUCUAAUCUAGGUGCGUUAUAUUAUUUUUAAUAGUAGAACUUAAAAAAGACUUCUAUUAUACUUGAAUUAAAGUAAGCUAAUGAAAUAAUUACAGACAUCUGCUAACACGCGUAGUAUGGAAAAAUAAACACUGACUCAACCGCUGUCCUAAAUGUGAGAUUAAAACUCAAAGCUGUAGUGUAAGCGUCAGCUGUUCUGUCAUUAGUUUAGACUGUUUGAUAUUUUACUAAAAAUACACCAGUAAUAUAAAAUUUAAAUUUUAAACAUUAGUGCUGAAACUCGUGUUACUUAACUAAAGUAAUAAUUAUGUUGGUACGACGGACCGUUUUUGAAAUGGUGAUGCACUUGCGUAUAGCAGCGAUCGGAUACACGCUCUUGAAAUGUUUAACAACAUUUGUUUUAAUAUAUAAAUAAUUAUUGGGUCCAAUUGGCUAGAAACUCGUGAUGUUAAACACCUAACCAUUCUAUUUUAUUAAAUUAUAAUAGAUAAUAAAAAAUAUACUUACAUAGAAAUCAACUUGGCCUUAACAAUUUUAAUAAAAUGUUUCAAUUAAUUUCUGAGUAGAUUCAAAGUAAUAACUUUAAACAAUUCGGGCGCACAAUAAUAGACAAGUUUACACUAACAAUAAUAGAUCGUAAAAAAAUACAUUAUUAAAUUUCAACUUCAUAUCCUUCGACUGUAACAAAUGUCUAUUAAUAAACCAUUUAUUUUUUUACACUAUUAAUUUUAUAAUACCCAUUUAGUAAGUAUUUUUAGCAUAUAAGUACUACUAAGAAAGCGAAGUGGCGUGCGUCGAACUAAACGACGAACGCCUAUACGCACCUUUAGUAUCUUUUGUCGAGUCUCGCUCUAAAAAACGUAGAAAAUUUUUAAAGACAAUUUUCAACUACCUAAUAGAUCGUGAUUCGACGUAGAACUAAUCUAGUCUUUUUUAUAUUCAGGUUUUUCUUCCAUAUUAUCAAUUAAAAAACAUAAUUACUUUAUUGUAAAUAACUACAUACAUACUAUAAUUAAAGUAUCACCGAAAAGGUUUUCAUUCUGUAUUUUAUUUUAUUAUCUGUCUAACUGUAUUAUUUUAAUUUAAUCAUAAGUUAAUAUUUAAUUUUAUAGAUGAAUUUAUGUAUUAUUACUAUGUCAAAUAAAUAUAAAGACCUA